AUGGUAUAUUGGGCUCCUGAUGAAACAAACGCGGGCGAUAUCAAACUGGAGAUGUCGUGGAGCUGUUUCAGGGCGCUGAGCUUCUGUGGAGUGGUCCUCCAGCCCCAAAAAGGCAAAAAAGCGACUUCGACCUCGACGUUCAACGACGCCAAACGACGAACAAACAACAUCUCGACAGUUUCCAGCGAUCGUUGCAUGCUGGAGCGCCCUCUGAUAGGACUGCUGAAGACUUUCCGAGCUGAAGAACGCUGGCCUGGCGCCCUGGUUGAUGCGGAAAAGGUUGCUAUGCAGCCGGGCCAACGCCUCCGUCCUGGUGUGAGAGGCAAACAAGAGAGAUCGACCGUCUAA